AUGGCUAGUCCUCCGGUGCUAGUUUUUGAUGCUGAGGGCCGCCUAGUGAAGUUCGACACCUGGCUAGAUGACCUGCACCUCUUCCUACAGCUCACUGCCAAGGAGGACAUCUCACUGUACGAUCACGCCCUAGGCCAUACCCCUGCCCCUACUACUACUGCUGACAGCACUGCCCGCUCACAAUGGCAGACUCGUGACGCCCGCUCUUGCUUUGCUAUUCGCAACUCCCUGCCGAUAGAUGAGCGUGAGCACUUCGGCCAGCACAAGACUGCCCAGGCACUGUACACUGCUGUCGUUGCCCGCUACUCCUCACCUGCCUCUGCUGCACUAGGCCGUCUCUCACUCCCCUACUUGUUCCCCGACCUCGCCUCGUUCCACACAGUCGCUGACCUCAUCACGCACCUCCGUACUAGUGAGGCCCGCUUCCGUGCCGCCAUGCCUGAUGAGUUUCUUGCCACGAACCCCCCCCCCCCCCCCCCCCGCUCUGGCUCACUCUCUACCACCUACAUAGUCGCUAUAGGUGCCUCUCGCGGCGACCCUCGUACCCCAUUCUUUGAGGGGUGUUCUCCUUCCCCCAUUCUUCCCUCUGUCGUCUCUGCUGCUGCUGUCGAUCUCCUUGGUGCUCUGAAGGUCAGUACUAUGGCUGCUUCAAGUGGGCGCCGCAGCGGCAAGGGCAAAGGGGGCAAGGGCGGUGGCGGUGACGGCGGGGGAGGCGGUGGUGGGGGUGGUGGCGGCGGUGGGGGUGGUGGCGGCGGUGGGGGUGGUGGCGCGACUAGAGGGACUAGUGGCGGAGGUGGGGGUGGUGGCGGUAGCGGCGGGGGAGGUGGCGGGGGCGGAGGCGGUGGUGGGGGUGGCGGUGGACGCGGCGGCGACAGCGGUUGGGGUGGUCGAGGAGGUGGCGGCGGAGUUGGCAGUCGUGGGGGCGCUGGCGGUGGUCAGGGCCAGCGACACACUCCAUCGCCCCAGGAGGUCCGUGAGUGGUACUCUCAGCACGGAGGGGGGGGUGGCUCUAGCUGCACGUAUGUCAUUCCCACUGGUGACCGCAUUGGUCAGCAGUGUGAGGGACCGCUCGCCACGCAGCGCUGCUUCGCUCGCUGCAACGACACUUCGCGUGUUCAGUUCCCUCAGGCCACUAAGCUGCCCCGCUGGAUUGAUCUCCUGAAGAAGUGGAUUGAUAUCUAUGCUCUAGACUUUGAUGCUAUUCUCACUGCUACGUAUGUGAUGUCUACUAGUGGAGAGGGUGCUGAGUACCUGUGUGUGCCGCCCGACCCGGGCAUUAGGACUAGUGCGUCUGCCACUCCAGGUACUCGCGUGUCUGCUACCCCAGGUGUUGGUGAGGCAGCUGCUCUAGGUGCUUGUGCGUCUGCCCCUCCUGCUACUCAGUCUACUGCAGCACUGCACACCUUCACACUGGACUCAGGUGCUACUCGCUGCUUCUUUCGUGACCGCACUGUCCUUGAGCCGCUUGCUCGGCCAGUUGCUGUCUCCCUCGCAGACCCCUCUGGGGGUCCGGUCAUUGCGACCUCCUCCACUGCCCUUCCCUGUCCUGCGGUCCCGUCGAGCACACUGUCAGGUCUCCACCUCCCCUCUUUCUCUACGAACCUGGUGGCAGGAUGUGCGCUCCAGGACGGGGGUGUUCACCAGUUCACCCCUGCCUACGAGCGCGUGACACACUGCACGUGUGCUCGUACGGGCCAUCACUUGGCUACCUUCACUCGGCAGCCGGGGUCGGACCUGUACACACUGACCACUAAGUCCCCUCAGGUCGUUGUGUCUGCGUCUGCGUCUGCGUCAGGGUCCUUCCUCCCCUCCCUCCCUCACUUGCUCCUCCCUGUCUUCCCAGUGUCGACGGGCGGCAGCGCGCUGCUCCUCACUCCUCGUUUCCCCCGACGACUGCUCCCUUGCAGACGCUCCACAUGGACGUGUGGGGCCCAGCCCGCGUCCAUGGUCAGGGUCAGGAGAGGUACUUCCCGAUAG